GUACCUCGGUGCUAUGAGUGCUGCCUGAGGACGACUCCUUACCUCUCCUCACUCUUAUCGGGUCCCGCAUCAACUCAACCUCUCGCAACAACAACAACAACCAACCAUACAAUAAAAAAAAACCAACCCAAAUCCCACCCAUCAAAAUGGCAACGCCAUCCCUCCCACUACAACCACCCACAACACCAAACAACCCCCCCCCAACAACAACAACCCCCAACCUCCCCCCAACCCGCGCCCUCCUAACCACCCUCCUAAACGCCAUCUCCGCCAUCCCGCUAACGCCAACCCAACCACCACGGAACCCCAGCCCACUAGGAGGAGGAGGAGGAGGAGGAGGAGGAGGAGGAGGAGGAGGAAAAGAAGAAGAAGCAAGCGAAAACCCCCUCCGCCGCGUGCCCGCCUCCCACCGCCACCUGAUCGUCACCCUGCACGUGCUCUUCCCGGGGCUGGCGCUGCCGGCGCUGGACCUGCUCGAGCGCGGGCUCGUCGCGGGGGUGGCGCUGCUCGGUUCCGGUUCGGGUGGUUCGGGUGCCGGUUCUGGUUCUGGCGGUGGGGGUCGGGAUGGGGAUGGGUAUGGGUAUGGGGAUAGCAAGGAUGGGACGGGAGGUGAUGGGGCGGGAGGAAGGAGGGAGGUUGGAGUGGGGGGUCGCGGCGGGGGGAUGGGGGUGGAAGAGCGAGGGCGGUCGGGGAAUGCGUUCUACCUGGUGCAAUCGGCGGCUGCGGCGGAGGCUGCUCGCGAGAAGCGGCGCAGACGGAAGCAUGGUGAUGACGGCGACGAAACGGAGGGAGUUGGUGGGAUGGGUAUGGGUGGCCAUGAGAAGGGGUACAUUGUGCGGCUGGACGCGUGGCAUUGCAGUUGUGCUGCUUUUGCCUUCGCCGCUGUUCAGGGAGAGGUUACGGCCUCUCACAGCUGGGAGGGCAGGGAAAAGGACAUGCGGUAUGGUUACAGGGCAUCCGCCGGACUCGGCGAAGUCUUAGCGGAGGCAGAGGCAGGAGCGGAGUGGUCGUUUGGUGGGAUGAGCCUGGACGGGAUACAGGUUGGGGUUGGGGAGGGGGUUCCGGUAUGCAAACACUUGCUGGCGUGCCUACUGGGUGAGAGAUGGGGUGCGGCGUUGGGUCAGUAUGUGGUCGAAAGGAGGGUGGGAAGGGAAGAGAUGGCGGGUAUUGUUGCGGAUGUGUAACAACCUAGGUUUAAAGGUUGGCAGCAAGGCUAAUGAUGAGAUAAGGGUGGGAGCUCCCAGUGUGAGUAUUGCGUAGCAAGGCGCAAACAAUCACACCGUGAGCAAUGCGGCUCCCGAAUGG